UUCACUUCGCUUUCCUCGAAGCGUGGUGGUGACCGCGAAGCCGCCGUGAAGCCUCCUCCCAAGCCGCGCUCCUUUCCCCGAUCGCUUCCUCUCGCGCUCCCAACUCGGCUGGUUCGUUUCAAAUAACAAUAAUAAUAAAUAACUCGGCCACACGCGCCUUCAUCUCGUAGCCAGACCCCCCGCCGCGGCUUCCUCAAAACCCCCGCGAGAGGCUGGGUUAGAUGUGAGAGGGAUCGCCUCUUCCUCGCCGUCGUGCCGCGCUCGCGCCCAGGUGUGAUGGGAAACACGUGCGGCAUCACGCUUAGAUCCAAGUACUUCUCCAGUUUCCGCGGCGGCGCGUCGCAGCGCCACGACGCGGCGGGGUACUCGCCCGUCGCCACCGCCGCCGACGAGCCCGCGCCGCACGGGAACGGGAAGCGGGCCUCGCGUCCGGGCGAGACGGCUGCGGACGCGGACGCGGCCGCACCGCCCCCCGCCCCCGGCAUGCGCCGCGGGGCGCCGGCCCCCGCGGAGCUCACGGCCAACGUCCUCGGUCACACCACCCCGAGCCUCCACGACCACUACGCACUCGGGCGCAAGCUCGGGCAGGGGCAAUUCGGCACCACCUACCUCUGCACGGACCUCGCCACGGGGGUCGACUACGCUUGCAAGUCCAUCGCCAAGCGCAAGCUUAUCACCAGGGAGGACGUUGAGGACGUGCGCCGUGAGAUCCAGAUCAUGCACCACCUCGCCGGACACCGGAACGUCAUCGCCAUCAAGGGCGCCUACGAGGACCAGCAGUACGUCCACAUCGUCAUGGAGCUCUGCGCGGGAGGCGAGCUGUUCGAUCGUAUCAUACAGCGCGGGCAUUACAGCGAGCGCAAGGCGGCGGAGCUCACGCGCAUCAUUGUUGGGGUAGUUGAGGCGUGCCACUCGCUCGGGGUCAUGCAUAGAGAUCUCAAACCUGAGAAUUUCUUGCUGGCGAACAAGGAUGAUGAUAUGUUUCUCAAGGCCAUCGAUUUCGGCCUCUCGGUAUUCUUCAAGCCUGGUCAAAUUUUCACCGAUGUUGUUGGAAGCCCUUACUAUGUAGCUCCAGAAGUGCUGCACAAAUGUUAUGGACCAGAAGCUGAUGUGUGGACAGCUGGAGUGAUUCUUUAUAUACUGCUAAGUGGUGUACCGCCAUUUUGGGCAGAGACACAGCAAGGAAUAUUUGAUGCUGUAUUAAAAGGUGUCAUUGAUUUUGAUUCGGAUCCCUGGCCUGUGAUCUCUGAUAGCGCGAAGGAUCUUAUAAGAAGAAUGUUGAAUCCUCGCCCAGCGGAGCGCCUAACAGCCCAUGAAGUUCUAUGUCAUCCGUGGAUUUGUGACCACGGAGUUGCUCCUGAUCGGCCUCUUGAUCCAGCUGUCCUUUCUCGCAUUAAGCAGUUCUCAGCAAUGAAUAAGUUGAAGAAGAUGGCUUUGAGGGUCAUUGCUGAGAGCCUCUCGGAGGAGGAGAUAGCAGGACUGAAGGAGAUGUUCACGACAAUGGACACAGAUAACAGUGGUGCAAUUACAUACGAUGAGCUGAAAGAAGGCUUGAGAAAAUAUGGUUCCACACUAAAGGAUACUGAAAUUCGUGAUCUUAUGGAGGCGGCAGAUGUAGACAACAGCGGAACCAUUGAUUAUAUAGAAUUCAUUGCUGCUACAUUGCACCUCAAUAAACUAGAGCGCGAGGAACAUCUUGUGGCAGCCUUUUCAUAUUUUGACAAGGAUGGCAGUGGUUACAUUACAGUGGAUGAGCUUCAGGAAGCUUGCAAAGAGCAUAACAUGCCAGAUGCUUUUCUUGAUGACGUCAUUAACGAAGCUGAUCAGGAUAAUGAUGGCCGCAUUGAUUACGGGGAAUUUGUUGCCAUGAUGACAAAGGGAAAUAUGGGUGUUGGGAGAAGAACAAUGAGAAACAGCUUGAACAUAAGCAUGAGAGACGCACCUGAUGCACUCUAAGUCUGAACUUCCAAGAAGUAAAGAUUUUGGAGCUUAUUUUGAUCCUCUCCACGGACUCCGCUUGUAAUUUUUGUAUGCUGUCAGUUGUAGCAUUGUAGGUGUGUGUUUCUGGGGACUCUAGUUUAACCCCUAUUGUUACUUCGGUGAAAUGUGUGAAAAAAAAUGUCAUGCGUGAGUUGGUUUGCAAAUGUUCAUAUCCACUAAUUGCAAGUCGUCAUCCAGAGUCUGUACAUAACGUAACGUCUGUAACUGUGGAUAUUCGAAAUCUUUACACGAAAUCUGGAAUUUGGCUUAUAUGCUUUUGAUGGUUU